AUGACCGGAGGGCCACUAUGGGAGGUCAUCGGUGGAUCCGGCGGCGGCGGGAUCCUAGUGCGUGAAGGUGAGAAGCUCUCCUCUGCAGAGCUGCCCUUACGACUGGCCAACGGCUCCGUCAUCAGGCAGAAGGAGCUUAAAGGUGAGCGACUUCAUUUCGAGCUUGUGGGUGGCACUGGGCCCGAUGCUGGCUGGGUCAGUCUGAAGGUGAAGGGCCGCGAGCUGCUUCGAGCAGUUCCAACGGAAGGCCUGCCCUGGUGGUUGAAUCCGAGCCGCGUGAAGGGCACCAUCCUCUUCCUCUCCAUCCCCUGGAAGGGACACAUCGUCCACUUGCGACGCAUAGGACUCUGGUUCGUUGGACGUCCUGGUUUCAACGUGCAUUUCGCGUGUUUUCCGGAAGACGAGGCCGAGCUGAAGAAGCUGGGCUUCACCGUUCAUGUUACCGAGGGAGACGAGCGAGUCACCUCAGAGUUUUUCCAACUCAUGGAGGACGGGUUUCGGGAAGUUGCCAGAAGCCCUGGCGACACCGAGCAGGAAGAAGGUGGAUCCUCCAUGUUCAGCUUUGCCCUCAGGGGCAUGGCGCAGUUUGUAGACAAAGCCCAGGACCCACUGGCAUCAUAUUUCUCCUUUUGUUUGCGUACGCUCUGUGCAGUCAAGCCUGAUGUAGUGGUUUGUGACAAUUUCUGCUCGACAACGGCCUUAAUUCCUGCCUGGUGCCAUGCGGAGGGUGCUAGCUUCAUUCCGGUGCAAUCACCUGGAAUCCCCGAGGACCACUCGCACUUCAAAGAGGGCAAGGGAAAGUCGAGUGAUCCCUCGAAGGAGCUGCCUCCCGAAGUGAUGGCCAAGGCGACUGGCUUACCAGUGGAGGUGAUCAAGGCCUUGAAUGAAGGAAAGGAUCCCAGCCAACUCCCGCAGGCCAACUCGCAGAACAUGACCCUCUUCGGACUCACUGCAACGAUUCAAGCUAUUCCACCAGAGUUCAUCGGCAUGAUGACUGGUCCUUUGGCGAAGAAGCUCAAGCUGCCCAUCAAGGUGGCAAACUCGAUGCUCAAGAACCUUCCAAAUGCCACCUACUUGGCCGAGCUCUACCCAAGCACUAGGAGUGUGGUGGGGCAGCAAGAGAACAGGGAACGCAGCCUCUUCACGAGCCCGCUGCUGCCACUUCCUGUGCCACUGGAGAACGGCGAGCUGCAGCGGGAUCGCGAGACGUUCAAGGCUACAUUGUCUACAGUGGACGAGGACCUCCUGCAAUGGCUGUUCAGCGAGGAGGAGAAGGGGCCAGUGGUGUAUGUUGCCUUUGGCAGCAUUGUCAGGCCCAACCAGGACCUGCUCAGAAAGCUGGCUGAAGCCUUGGAUGGUGGCGGCGAGUGGCGUGUACUUUGG